AUGAGAAGUUUCAAUAAGAACAAGGGACUCGCCAAAAACAGCAACACCAGCCCUAGGUCAACAAUCCUCAAAUCUGCAGGAGGUGGAAAGACAGCUUCAUUAGGGAAUCCUUUCACAAAAGUUCAAUUGAGAGAGCUUGAAAGACAGAUUACCAUUUACAAGUAUUUUACAGCUUGUGUUUCGGUUCCUUCUUAUCUUCUCUCAUCCACCCCUACCUCAUCAUGUAGUACCUCAUCAAGUUAUAAUAUUAAUGAUCCCGUGGAAGGAAGAUGUCGAAGAACGGAUGGAAAACAAUGGAGAUGUUCAAGAGGUGUUGGUCCUAAUAAUCAGUAUUGUGAUCGACACAUGCAUAGAGGUACUCGCCGUUCAAAAAAAUCUGCGGAACUUCGCAACAAUCAUACAAGAAAUUAUUCCUCACAUUUUGCUGCAUCCACAUCUUCUCCUCCUUAUCUCCAACCUUCCGUUUCCUCUGAUAAUCGAAACUCUGGUGUCCAAUUAGCUUCAAGUUUUGAGCCUUCAAAUAAGCAACCAAGGAUGCUGAAUGGAGAUCCAAUGUCUCUUGGUGCUUCUAACUCAGGUUGGCACUACAGCAUACCUGUGAAUCAUCAGUGUAUGAAGUCACUUCCACAGUAUAAUACUCUCUUAUACAAUCCCACUCUUGUUCCAAUUCAACCAAGAGGGAUUAGUUCUGCAGACACUGUAGACAAAAAUGCUUCUGCAACAGGUGAAUCAUCCGUUUUAUCUAUUGAUUAUUCAAACAUGGGUCCAUUAGGUGAAAUUUUUAAGCCUUACUCAUCUGUAAAAAGUCUCAUGUAA